AUGGCGUCAAAGGUGGCAGCGAUGGCGAUGGCUGCCUUGUUGUUCUGCGCUCUCUUUGCUUCUUGGACGACGACGUCGGAAGCGGCACGCAUGGGGCGGCAGACGGGUGACGAGCUUGCCGUUGCCGCCCCCGUCAAUGGAGGUGGCGGCGGAGGAAGCGGCAAUAAUGUGGCCUACUGGGAGAGGGAGAGGGAGAGGCAUCAGCAGCGCGGCCUCAUCGUCGGCCGUCGGCCGAGGCUCGCGUCGUUCACGCCGCGUGACGACGGUGCUGGCGGCAACAAGAGAGAGGUGCCCUCCGGCCCGGACCCCAUACACCACGGCGACGCGCCGCCCACGUCGGUUGCUGCUCCGACGAGCCCAUAG